AUGGCCCCGUCAGAUCGGCGUCCCGUGAGAUUCUACCGUGACUGGGCAGAGUUGAGAGAUGGCUACCGCGGGAAACAAAAGACGUCACUUCCAGCAGGGUGGUCUUGCCAUCAGAAAAUGUUGGCCUUCUCCAAAUACCCCCAAAUCGUCUACACCCACGAAACGCUGCCCAACAAGUGGUUCAGGAAUCCCAUCCCGCUCGUGACGCCGCCCAGAGCUGCCGCCAAGGCAACCUACCUCCGGCCCCGAUUUCUCUUUGGAACCAUAGACGUCAGCAGCACAGGCUUCCACGUGCGACAGGGCGACCAGCCAGGCGUGACUGCUGCGGAAACAAAAUGGGCAAAUGAGAUGUCGCGAAACAAGACCUCUUUUCCCCUCUUCGACCAAGCUGGGCGCAUAUCGGGCAUCAUCAAACCGAACGAUCACCUCAUGGAAGCCUGCGAGUUUGGUCCUGGUGGCCGGGGAACCUUGGAGCUCGUGGCUGUAUCAAAAGGCCGGGCGCAGGGCCAUCAGAUUUUUGAAGAGAUCAAGACCUUCCCCUCGUACGGAAACGAUAUACCUCCUGAAAUCGAAAUCAAUCGGAAGCCCUACGAGUAUUACAAUGUGCUCUGGCUGGGACGCUGGCGCGAGGAGAAGGUGUCAGGGUUGGAGAGCGGGUGGGCGUCGGGAGAGUGUUUAGUGCGAGGUGGAUGUCGGCAAUCAAGGAAACGCGUGAGGUAG